CCGGCACACCCUUGUGAUACCCUUGCGACGCCCCGAGAUCCGCAUCGCAUCGAAUACUCAGUCAACAUGCCUGCGAUAUAUGAACAGUUCUUCUUGUUUGGUGAUUCCAUCACCCAGGACUCCUUCAAUCAGCAGCGAGGAUUUGGUUUCUCCGCAGCACUCCAGGCUGACUACAUAAGGCGACUUGAUGUAGUCAACCGUGGCUUCAGCGGCUACAACACCCGCCAGGCGCUUGCUGUACUGCCCAGUAUCGUUCCCUCGCCAGAUGAAGCCAAAAUCCGUUUCUUGACCAUUUUCUUUGGCGCAAACGAUGCCUCUCUUCCAACCGCUCCCAACAAGCAGCACAUCCCACUGGAGGAGUACAAGGCCAACUUGGAGAAGAUCAUCACCCACCCGCAGAUCGUAGCCCACAGCCCUCGCAUUAUCUUGAUCGCGCCACCGCCUAUCAACGAGCAUCUCUGGUGGCCUCGCGAUCAAGAGAGUGGCUAUGACUCGGUCUCAAGAACGGCAGCUACCACCAAGUUGUACGCCGAUGCUGUUGUCGAGCUGGGUGCCAGACUCAAUGUGCCUGUUUUGAACCUAUGGAAGGCAUUUAUGGCGAAGACAGACUUCCAAAUAGAUGCGUGGAAAGUUGGAGACCCCCUUCCAGGCUCGCUGGAGACAGCGCAGAACGAUGCAUUAGUCGAGUUGAUGUAUGACGGUCUGCAUUUCCACGGUGCAGGCUACAAGAUCAUGUAUGAUGAAAUGACGAGUCUCAUCGCUGAGCUGUGGCCCGAUCAGGUAGCGGAGAAACUGCCCACUGUUCUGCCGGGGUGGAAUGAUGCUGCGGCCUGGGAAGCAUGGAACGCAUCAAAUUAAUUUCAGUUUGUUAUCCAUACGUGAUUCUAGAGCAGAAAAUAUAUCACGAUAACUUGAAGCUGC